AUGAUUGAUGAGUACGAAUUGUUACGAAUUGAAAAGAAAAAUAGUCAAUGCAGCGGUACAAAAUCCGCUUUAAAAAUACUUGCAUUUCUUUUACUGUCUGUACUGGUGACAGCACAAGCUCAAAAUGACUAUGGAGAAGAGCCACCGGAGGGCUAUUAUGCCUUUGUGGAAUCACCCAAUGCCAUACCACCUAAAGUGAGACCACCUCCCUAUACACACGUCAAUGUUGACUGUAAAAAUAUAGCAAAUGGUAAAAAAUCUGCUGUGUCCGUUAAUAACAUUUGUGGUGAUUUAAAUAAGGGACAAAUACCCAAGAAUCCCUUAAGACAAAAUGUUUUAGGAGAACCCUAUCCUUUUGAAUUAAUACGUAAUCAUACUUUGAAAUUUCUGUCGAAAACAUUGCCUGUUUUAAAAGCUGACGAUACUCUUCCCAAAGUUACCCAAAUUAUACGCGAUGAUCCUGUUGAAUCGGUAGACAAUAAUAAUAUCGAUCGUCAUUAUGCGGUUAGAACAAAAAGAGAAGCUGUUGCUCCGAAAGUUCAAGCUAAGGAGGAAUCUCACAAUUAUGGUUAUUUUGAUCCAGCCAUUGAUGAGGAAGAACGUUCCCAAAAGCAGAAAAAAGAGGCUGAAGAACGUAAACCACGUAAAUUUUGUGAUGGUGGUGGACUUUUCUGUAGCAUCUACAAGGCCAUACAAGGUGAUACAUCUUCUGCCCCACAGGCUGCUCCACUAACGGCCGAACGACGUGAAGAAAUUGGUCCCAUACGUUAUGAAGGCCCACCCACACCCUGUCCAGCCAAAGUAGAAUAUGCCACACCAGUUUUUGCUAAAAACUACCAAGGUUCCUGGCGUUAUGUUGUUCAAAUACCCUACGAAGGCUAUUUUACCCAGACUGUGGAAGUGACACGCUGCAUACAGGCACGCUGUCAUUAUUUAGAUGGUGGCUGUUUGUCCUCACCUCGAUGGGUUAGUCUUUUGGUAGCCGAAAUCUUCUAUCCCAAUGCCGAAGAUACGGUACCACAAUCGUCCAGUACAACUCCGGCUCCCUCAGUACAAGAUUUCCAGGCUUAUCAACAAUAUUUGCAGAAACGUGCUGGUGUAGCCACCGCCUCGGAUGGCACCAGUCAUGGUGGUGCCAACGGCUCCGGUGAUUUUAGUCAACAUUGUGAUGGUCAUGAUGAGAUAGGUUGCUUCCAAGUACGUUUGUAUUAUGAUUGGUUCCUAAUUCCCGGUUCCUGUAAAUGUUGGCGUCCCGAUUACUUUGCCAAAUAUGUGCGCAGAAAGUCGGUAGCUGAUUUGUAAGGAGUUGUUCAAUCAUAGGAUUUUGAUUUUUAUUUUAUCAAUUUGCCAAUUCCUUGCUUAAUUUUUAAUCAUAAAUACUUAUUUCCAAUAGUUUUAGAGUACACAAUUAGUUUUAAGUUUUCUAUAAUGAAAUUUACAUUCUUAGAAUCCUCGAUACAAAGUUACAAAGCCAGUAUACCUUUAAAUAUGAUUUUAAAAGUGGGAUUCUCAAGAGUCUGAAUUUCGUUUAUUUCCUAUUUCAUUAUAAUCUUACAAUGAUUGUUAUAUGAACAAAUUAUAAAAAAACUCCAAGUAUAUUAAUUUUAAAAAACUACUACUAUUUACUAUGUAUUAUUUAUUUUUAUAAACAAUUUUUUAGAACAUCCAUUUUAAUUUUCUAUCUGUUUUAAUGACUGAUUUUUACUUUCUCUAGUUUUAUAUUUUUUUAUGCUUAUAUCUUAUAUGGUUUAUAAUAAAUACACCCAUUACUAUGACCUACAUAUAUACAUACAUAGAAUAAAAAUCAACUUAAAUAAAUAUUAUAAAAUUUAA